AUGAGCUGGAGCUGGAGCUUUGCGAAGGCCAGCAGCCUCGCCGUCCUCCUCAUGCUGGCUCUCGCGCUCCAACAGCUCGAGGCAGACAUGUCAAUGUCGUGCUCCGGCAUGCUCUCCGACUUGUCUCCGUGCCUCGGGUUCCUGCAGGGCGAGGAGGACUACCCCUCGGCCGACUGCUGCGACGGCGCGUCCAGCCUCGUGGCGGCCACGGCCACCACGGCCGACCGGCAGGAGGCGUACGAGUGCCUCAAGUCGGCCGCGGGAGAGGGCAGCGCCGAGGCGACUGCUGCGCGCGACUUGCCGGCCGACUGCGGCCUCUCCCUGCCGUUCACCAUCGCUCCCGACGUCGACUGUUCCCAGUGA